GUUGCUUCUGGCGCUGAGAUCGCGAGCUUCGGGGCUGCAGUUGCAGGCGUGAUGAUGGCACCUUGGCUGCAGCUCUGCUCUUUCUUCUUCUCGCUCACCGCCUGCCUUGACGGCCAGCGGCUCACCGGGUCGGCCACAGGGACCAAGAAAGGGCCAGCGGCUGAUGCUUGCAGCUGGAGGGGUCUGGCACCAGUUGGAAAAAAUAUUGGGCUCCUCAAUAUCACCUUUAAGUAUGACAACUGUACGCCUUAUUUGAAUUCAGUGGGGAAACAUGUGAUUGGUGAUGUACAGAACAUCACCAUUAGUCAGUAUGCAUGCUCUGAUCAAGUUGCAGUAAUCAUACUGUGGACAACAAAUCCCAUUGGAAUUGAAUUUCUGAAGGGAUUUCGAGUAAUACUUGAAGAGUUAAAGUUGGAGGGAAGACAAUGUCAGCAGUUGAUUUUAAAAGACCCAAAACAGCUGAACUCGAGUUACAAAAUGACUGGAGUGGAGUCUCAGCCUUUUCUAAAUCUGAAAUUUGAAACGGAUUAUUUUGUAAAGAUCAUUCCUUUUCCUUCCAUUAAGAAUGAAAGUAACUACCACCCAUUUUUCUUCAGAACACGGCCUUGUGAAUUACUUCUGCAGCCUGAAAAUCUUGCCUGCAAACCUUUUUGGAAGCCAAGGAAUCUGAAUGUUACACAGCAAGGUUUUAAUAUGCAUGUAUCUUUUGACCAUGCUCCAUACAAUUUUGGAUUCAAAUAUUAUUACCUGCACUACAAACUGAAAAAUGAAGGUCACUUCAAACAGAAGGCUUGCAAACAGGAUAAAAAUACAGAUUUCACAAGCUGUGUUCUUCAGAACGUCUCACCAGGAGAUUAUAUAAUUGAGCUGGUUGAUGAUACAAACACAACAAGGAAGACAAUACAUUACGCACUAAAGCCAGUUCAUUCCCCAUGGGCAGGGCCAAUAAGAGCAAUAGCAAUCACUGUUCCCUUGGUUGUCAUCUCCGCAUUUGCUACCCUUUUUACAGUGAUGUGUCGUAAAAAACAGCAAGAAAAUAUCUAUUCCCAUUUAGAUGAGGAAAGUUCAGAAUCUUCAACCUACUCUACCGGCCUCCAUGUGGAAAGGCAACGGCCACGGCCCAAAGUGUUUAUUUGCUAUUCCAGUAAAGAUUGUCAGAAGCACAUUAACGUCAUCCAGUGCUUUGCUUAUUUUCUUCAGGACUUCUGUGGUUGUGAGGUUUCUUUGGAUUUAUGGGAGGACCUGAGGAUUUGUAAAGAAGGGCAGAAAGAGUGGCUUCAUCGAAAAAUCAAUGAGUCCCAGUACAUCAUUGUUGUAUGUUCUAAAGGAAUGAAGUACUUUGUGGAGAAAAAGAACUGGAGGCACAAAGGCUUCAGGGAAAGGGAUUCUGGAAAAGGGGAACUCUUCCUGGUUGCUAUAUCUACCAUAGCAGAGAAGCUGCGUCAGGCAAAGCAGAAUUCACAUGACCUCUGCAAGUUCAUAGCAGUUUACUUUGAUUACUCCUGUGAGGGUGACAUUCCUGGUAUUCUUGAUUUGAGUACAAAAUACAAGCUCAUGGAUAACCUACCUCAGCUUUACUCUCAUUUACAGUCCAGAGAUCUUGGUCUUCAUGAUUCAGAACUGUAUCCUGUACAUAUCAGCAAAAGGAAUUAUUUCAGGAGUAAAUCUGGGCGGUCCCUUUAUGUAGCCAUUUGCAACAUGCAUCAGUACAUUGAUCAGGAGCCUGACUGGUUUGAGAAACAAUUUGUUCCUUUUCUUCCGACUCCUUUACAUUACCAAGAGCCUGUGAUGGAAAAAUUUGACUCUGGAUUGGUGCUAAAUGACUUAAUCAGCAAACAAGUGACUGAUGGGGAUUUCUGCCUGAAAGCAGAUGCAAAUAUUAUCCAGUCUUUAAAUUCAGACUCUCACAGUAUGAUGCAGCAUUUGAAUCUUGGAGAGGACAGAACAUCUGAGGAUAUUCAAAAUACCAGUUCCAUUCUUCAGCCUUUGUUGCAUGUUGUAAAAGCUGCCAAUCUUCCAGAUAUGCCUCGGGACUCCGGAAUUUAUGAUUCUUCUGUUCCUUCUUCUGAGUUGUCACUGCCUUUAAUGGAAGGCCUCUUAACAGACCAUACUGAAACCUCUUCAAUUACGGAGAGUAUCUCCUCUUCAUCAGGACUGGGAGAAGAAGAACCUCCCAUGCUUUCUUCAGCUCGCACCCUUGUACCUGAAAUAUGUAAAGCAGAACUUCAUUGCCAUAUUCACACUGAUGAACUGCAGGCAAUUGCACCUUUAUAACAUGUCCCAAGAUUUUUAUGCAUUGCCACUUUAUCAACUGCCUCGGUGCAUGCAUUGUUCUCUACAUCAUCACAGCCACUUGACUGACUUGAAGGAAUGAAUGCUCUCCUGGGGGAUUACCUGCUCCUUCCAAGGGGAGUUCAUGGCCAGUAGAUUUUUCUAUAGAAGAUUUUAAAAAGAAUUUUCUGGGUUGAUAACUUUUCUUUUUAAUGACUGAAAUUCUUCCUAGAACCAACUUGGAUUUUAUGGUGAAUUUAUAUAUAAAGAAAUAUGCAUACCUACUUUUUAAUAAGAAAAAAAAUAUUUUGAAGAUGUAAGGUGAUUAGCCAGAAAAGUUUGGCUUUUCUGAGGGAAGGGAAAGUGGGAUUCACAAUGAUAAAAUGCCAAAGACUAGCCUUAUUAGAAGAGAUAGGUGUUAUUAACAAAUCAAUAUCUCAAUUUUUGUUAAACUUUUGCUUGUGUUUAUCUGGCCCAGAGUUUCUGUUAGAAAGCUAAACCCACCAUGUUUCUCCCUUUAUGUUGUGUGUCCUUUGUAAACCCGUAGACAUAUUGAAAUUAAUCUUGAUUUUGCCAUUUCAGUAUGACAAUUAAUGUUACUGUAAACAGAUUAUAUAUGCUGGUUCUCCUGUGACAUUCAUUUCAGAAUGAAUUUGUUGCUUGUGGAAACGUGCAUCUCUGUAACUUCUUUUAACUCCCUGAUGUUGUAAAAGCUAAAGUAUUACUUGGAGUCUAGUAGAUUUGUCAGAGUUGGAGGCAAAAAGUAUGGUUUUGAAGCUGAAAAUCUGUAUAUAUAUCAGAUAAAAUACCUGUAACAUUAUGCUAAAAAUAAGACAUGGCUCAGUAGUAGAACAUCUGCUUUGCAGACAUAAGAUCCCAGUUUCAGUCUUGGGCAUCUCCAGUUAAGAGUAUCAGGUAAUGCAAAAGGCCUCUGUGUGACCCUGCAGAGAAAUUGCAAGUCAGCCAAUACUGACCUUGAUGUGUGAGGCCAAGUUGAUGUCUACCAAAUCAAACUUCUGCCUGCAUGAUCCCAUUUGGUACCGACACUAUGGGUUUGUUGUAUACAUUUUUAUUAUGCAUAUAUACAUCACAUUAUUAUAUAUUUUAUUCCCAAAUUUCAUAUUUAUUAUUCAAAGAGUUAAUCUCCAACAAGACAAACCAAUAACUUAUGUGAAAGAACUAGGAAUUCACAAAUGAUAGCUUUUUACACAUGCAAACUUAUUACUUCUAAAAAAUUCAGUGGAUCGAUGAACAAAUUCUCCAAAUACUCCAGUGCCUCACAGACCUCAAUACAAAUAUCAACCAAUUUGGCCAAAACCCUGUAAAAAAUAAGAUCAGCCUCCAGUGCAGGCCAAACUUGGUUAAAUCUAUGAAUGGCUAAGUAAUAAUAUGGUAUACAUUGUUAAUUGUAGAUUUUGAUAUUUUCAUCUGUUGUAAGUAACAAAAGUACUGCUAUAGUAUGUAGCAGGCACUUAGCAGCAUAGAACUGUAGCAGCAUCUCUUGAACAGAUAAGUUGUAGCUCCAGUCUCUACACAUCUCUGUUCUGACAUACAACCAAAUGUGAAUAAUAAAUACUAUAACCACUGUUUUGAA